AGUUUGUCCUUCGCUGCUUCCCGUUCGCGCUUGUUCUUUCCCGCGGGGCGAAGAGGCUGGUGGGAAGAGCCCGGAGCUCUGGCGGCAGAGGCGGGGUGGCCGGUAGCGCUGUAGCCGAGGUGGCGGUGCGGGGUAGGACAUUCGGAACCGAGAGGAAGGAGGUGGUGGUGGUGCAGGAUGGCGGCGACGACCUACGAGCGGCUACAGCUACAUAUCACACCUGAAAAGUUUUAUGUGGAAGCUUGUGAUGACGGAGCAGAUGACGUGCUCACGAUUGACCGCGUGUCCACAGAGGUCACCCUCGCAGUCAAGAAGGAUGUUCCUCCUUCAGCUGUCACAAGACCAAUUUUUGGUAUACUGGGCACAAUCCAUCUGGUGGCAGGUAAUUAUCUUAUUGUCAUUACCAAAAAGAUGAAAGUAGGCGAAUUUUUCAAUCAUGUAAUCUGGAAAGCAACAGAUUUUGAUAUUCUUUCUUAUAAGAAGACCAUGUUGCACUUAACUGAUAUUCAGUUACAAGACAAUAAAACGUUCCUAGCGAUGCUAAACAAUGUCCUGAGUGUGGAUGGAUUUUACUUCUCUGCAACCUACGAUUUGACCCACACUUUGCAGCGGCUGUCCAAUACCAGCCCAGAGUUCCAAGAAAUGAGUCUCUUGGAAAGGGCAGAUCAGCGGUUCGUCUGGAACGGUCAUCUUCUGAGAGAGCUGUCUGCGCAGCCGGAGGUCCAUCGGUUUGCUCUUCCGGUGUUACAUGGCUUUAUUAACAUGCACUCGUGUUCUAUCAAUGGGAAGUACUUCGAUUGGAUCCUCAUCUCUAGGAGGAGUUGUUUCAGAGCUGGGGUGCGCUACUAUGUCAGAGGAAUUGAUUCUGAAGGCCAUGCAGCUAACUUUGUAGAAACAGAGCAAAUUGUGCACUAUAAUGGGAGCAGGGCUUCAUUUGUACAGACUCGAGGAUCAAUACCUGUUUUCUGGUCCCAAAGACCAAACCUCAAGUACAAACCACUGCCACAGAUCAACAAAGUAGCAAAUCAUAUGGAUGGCUUCCAAAGGCAUUUUGAUUCACAAGUAAUUAUUUAUGGAAAACAAGUCAUAAUCAAUCUGGUAAACCAGAAGGGCUCAGAGAAGCCACUUGAACAGGCAUUUGCAACCAUGGUGUCUUCCUUGGGCAACGGGAUGAUCAGAUACAUUGCCUUUGACUUCCAUAAGGAAUGCAGACAUAUGAGAUGGGAUCGACUAAGUAUUUUAAUGGACCAGGUAGCAGAAAUGCAAGAUGAAUUAAGUUAUUUUCUAGUAGACUCUGCUGGCAAGGUGAUGACAAACCAGGAGGGUGUGUUCCGAAGCAAUUGCAUGGAUUGUCUGGACAGAACCAACGUGGUCCAGAGCUUGUUAGCACGCCGUUCACUUCAGGUCCAGCUUCAGAGACUAGGAGUUUUGCAUGUGGGACAGAAGCUUGAAGAACAAGAUGAAUUUGAGAAGAUUUACAAAAACGCUUGGGCUGACAACGCAAAUGCUUGUGCCAAACAGUAUGCGGGAACCGGUGCCUUGAAGACGGACUUUACCAGAACGGGAAAGAGGACGCAGUUGGGACUUAUGAUGGACGGCUGGAACUCACUGAUCCGCUACUACAAGAACAAUUUCUCCGAUGGAUUCAGACAAGAUUCCAUUGACUUAUUUCUUGGGAACUACUCAGUGGAUGAAUUAGAAUCUCAUAGUCCUUUAAGUGUUCCAAGGGACUGGAAAUUCUUGGCUUUGCCAAUUAUCAUGGUGGUUGCCUUUUCAAUGUGCAUUAUCUGCUUGCUCAUGGCCGGUGACACUUGGACAGAAACUCUGGCCUAUGUGCUCUUCUGGGGAGUUGCAAGCAUUGGAACAUUUUUUAUUAUUCUUUUCAAUGGCAAAGAUUUUGUUGAUGCUCCUAGAUUGGUUCAAAAGGAAAAGAUAGACUGAAUUUGUGUUUGUGGAAAGCGGCUCGGGUUGGAAGAAUCCGUGAUGCAGAACUGGAGUCUUUACUGACCCGCUUUCCACGUUAGUGCAGAUCUUUUUAAAGCCUUUGUCCAAAACGCUCCUCCUGCUGAGUGCAGGUGUGACUGCAUUGAUCUGAUGUCAUGGCCUCCAUGGUCUCUUCACUUGUAGGACAGUUACAUUUAGAAUUUGAAACUACACGAUAAUUGAAAUAGAGCCUGAAUCCAGCCCACAGAAUGGAAGGAAUCUUAUCUAUUCAUUGUCCACUUAAUCAACUGUUGCAGAUGAGUAAUAUAUUUUACAAACUUAGCUUCUUUCAUUAUUUAAAACAGUAAAAUUAUUUUUCUAGCUCAGCUUCAUUGUCAUUAUAGAAGCAGUCACUGUUAGCAAGCAUACCUUUCCUCACACCUUUGGACUUUUCUUAGAAGUCUGAUAAUAAGCGGACUCUCCCGUGCUAGAGCGUGUAAGUCUCACGUGGUCGUCGGCUUGAGGGCUGGGUGAAGAGGCCUGUGGGCCAGGCUCGGAUGUUCCCCGGGCCGCCCCUGGACCUCAGACAGCUCGCGCCAUUGCAGUUGCACCAGCAUUUGAGCGUGACGGAAGAGUUCACGUAUACUUUAUCUUUUUGAAAAGGCCUAAAUGAAAUCAAAGAAUGUAAAGUCUGUCUCCUCUGCUAAAGGUCCAAAGCUGCCUCUUUUUAAGGGUUGCCCCAUUGUGGAAAAGACCCGCCUGGCCAGCUGCUUCUCCAUGCCUUCGUUGGCGGCUACUCAUCAAGACACAGGCCUCUGCGAGGGUCUCAUGCCAGAUUUCACGUGGAACUUGGGAGCCACAGCUGCUUCUCCACACGUGCUACUGUUGCUUUCACCCCGUCAGGGUUUUUGCUCAGUAAGGGUGUUGGAAUUCAGUGCUUCCUGGUUAUUACAGCCUCCAAACCAGGGACCAACUUCAUGUGCAACUAACUCCUGGAGAACAAUGCUCCAGAAGCUGUGCGUACUUGGACUUGUAUUGCAAGGUUUCGAUAUUAGAGCAGUGUGUAAAGUAGUGUAAUUGCCACUUCUAAAACAGUUCCAUUAAACACUGCUGUACUAUUUCAGUGUUGUGCUUGAAAAUAUGCAGUUUUUUUCCAGUAGUAAUACUUUCUGUUGUCCUUAAAUAUUUCUAAAAGCGCCUUUAUUUUAACAUUACCUUUUUUCAGCAUUAUCUUUUAUAAACAAUAACAGUUGUUGCUUUUAGAAAUGCUAAAGGAAAUAAUAUCUGGGAAAACCUGCGUAGCUUUGAAUCAGUCAUUAAAUUCACAGUAGGAUAAGUGAGUAGAGCUACCUAUUCUUAACAUGUAAAUAAGCACCAUUCAUUCCAAAAGUGGAAUAUUGAUGCUUAGCUCAUCUCUACUGUAAUAUAAUAUCCAAGCGCUGCCGGACGUUUCACAGUAAAGUCUGUCAGCAACUGCAGCAAAGACCAAAUCUGAACUGCUCAUGUGGCUGCUUUGCAGGGAGUGGACUAAUCUCGGGAGUGUUAGGUCAAAUCUAUCAAUAUUUGAGAACCCUGUCAUGAUUUUAUUUAACUCAUGUACUGUAUAUCCGUAAGUGAAAAUAAAACAUAUUCUUUUCUAAUUAUUGGUAUUAUCAUUCUAUACUGUACUUUUUCUUCAAAGAUGGUGAUUUUUUUCUUUCUCAAAGCAAUGUGCGAUCGUUAUAGAAAAGUCAGAUUAACAUUAAGUAAAAUUAGUAGCUUCUGAAUCAGUCCUCUUUUUCAGUUAUGAUCACUUAAGAAAUUUUGUAUAUCUUUAUAGUUACUUUUUAGUUACAGAUAAAAGCAGGAAAAUACUAAAACCCGUAAGCAUGUACCCCUCCCAACUGCCAACUGCCAUUGUUUACAGCAUGCUGCGGUUCUCAGCUGGAAAGUGGGCGAUACUGCUAGGAAGCUGUCUCAGCCGGGGCGGGGCUGGGGGGGCGGGCUCUGAUGUCAGCGUCUUGGUGCCGGGGCCCUCAGCCCUGUGGGAAGUGAGUUGGAAACCCCUGAUGAUGGCACCCAUUGCAUACGGGUGUGUCUGUCAGCUUUUCCCCUGACACACCAUGAGGAGGAGCAUGUACCUUGGCCCACAGCCUGAGGCUUCCGUCCGUGCCCAGCUGUCUCCAAAGCAAGACCAUCGUCGUAAAGGGCAGACCAGCGGACUGCUUGGCUCAUGGCAUCGUGAAAGCAGAGUGAAGACCAGUGAGCGGGCCAGCGUCCUGGUGCAGUCCUCAGGGUCACUCUGACCCAGCAGACACCCCACCCAAAGUGCUUUCCUAGGCUGUGGCGUGUGUCUCAGCCCAGUCAGGUUGGCAGUGGAGCUGCCACCAUAGCAUGUUAUCCAGAGAGAAAUUACAGCGAAUCUUUAAAACAUGAUCUUUAAUUCCUUUUUUAGUUUCCUACUGAAAUAAUUUCAGCAAAAUUUGGUAGUUAAUUUGAAAAUGAAUUGAGCUCGCUAAGUUUCCAAGGAAGGACUGCAGAGGAGCGAGAGAAGAUCAACUAGCUGUAGAUGGCAGCCAAGUAUUGGUUACCUAGCUCUGUAUAACAAGUUACCCCAGAACCCUGUGGCUUACAACAGCCUGUAUUGUGUUAUCCCACAGCUCUGGUGCACCAGGACUUUGGGCCUGGCUCAGCUCUGUCCCCUGCCUCAGGGUCUCUCAGCUGAGAUCAAGGUUCAUCUAGAGACAAUCCACGUCCUGAAUCAUUCUGAUUAUUGGCCAGAUUUGGUUCCUCACAGGCUGCUGGCUGUUGGCUGGAGGCAGCCUUAGUCCCCCGCCAUGUGGUCCUCUCCAGCAUUGCAGGGGGUUCAUGAAGGCCACUAAGAAAGUGUACCAGCAAGAUGGAAGCCAGUCUCCUAACCUUAUCUCUCAAGUGUCAUCCUGUCACUCCUGCAGUCGAGGAAGUCACAGGACUCCUGUGGGUCAGGAUCUUUGGGGGACAGGGACACCGUGAAAGUCUGCCGACCAAGUCAGGAAGGAAGAUGCAAAGCCGAGGUACAGAAGCAGCCCUGGAAUGGAGGAAACCACUGGCUCCCUGCAGGAGGUGUGGCUGAUGCCAGGACCAGGGUGCACAGGUUUCCUAAAGCUGUGUUGAGGUGAACUCCCCAUCAUGCCAGGGCACAGCUGGCUGCCUUCCCGGGGAGACUGCCCUAGCCUCACCAUCCACCCGUUGCUGUCAUUUGUUCCACGUCUAGUACAUACCCUGUCCAGUUGCACUGUUUUUGAAGGUUAUGAAAGUGGUAUCAUUCUGUACAUGUCCUCCAGCUUGCCUUUGAACCCAGCAUUGUUUCUAAGACUCCAUGUGGAAGGCUGGACCAGUAGCCUGUUCUUAACCACCAUUUGCGUAGAAUGAACAUAAUACUGUAUUCACUGAGAUUUACUGAGGGCAAUUUGUUUUCUGUCUGCCUAACAGUGUACAUGUCUGGUUUUUCUCACUGUUUGUUGUCAUUCUGAGUCUUGCUAUGAAUAUUCUGUUCAACUCCUGGCUCAAUAAAAAGUGUUUCUCCA